CUGCACACGCUUUGUAGAAGAAUGGAUGUGUUGACAUACAACCAAUUUGCAGUACUCCUCUGGAAAAAUUUUACCUUAAAGAGGAGAAAUGUCAUUAAUUUAACAUUGGAAGUCCUCGCAACAUUGGUAUUUGCAAUACUGCUUUUAAUAUUCCGUGCAUUGACUGAUAUAAAGACUAUUGGACCUUACAUUUUCACUUCUCAAUCCAUCAACACUCUGCCCUCUUCCCUCAAAAAUACCAGUGAAUGGGUAUUGGUUUACAUACCUUCUAAUAUUAACGUGGUAAAAGAAAUCACUGAGAAUGUGAAGAGGAUUCUAAACACCAAUAUAAAAGGCUUUUAUUCAGAAACUGAUUUUGAGAAUUAUAUUCUGAAUGACUAUGGGUCUCGAAAAGUGCUGGCUGCCAUUGUUUUUGAUUAUGACUUCAAAAACUUCAAUGACCCUCUGCCACUUCAGGUAAAGUAUCAUCUGCGUUUUGUUAAGGUUCAGAGGUGGUCAGAAGGAUCAGGCUGGGAAACAGCCUCUCUCUUUCCUAAUCAACCUACUGGUGGACCCAGGAACCCACAACAUCAAGAUGGAGGAAGUCCUGCUCAUGUGGCUGCUUCUGCUGGAAACUUACUAUUUUUUGCCAGUUUUUUUCCAUUUAACUUUAUUGCUGAGAACUAUGGAGCGACAAUCCUCACAAACAAAGUGGCUGCCUGUGUUAGCUCAAAUAUUGCAUUGGCACUAGGGAUUAAUCUUCUGCUCAAGAUGGAAAUAAAACAGACUGGUAUUAAAUGGAAUAACUUUUGGACACCAGCCACCCUUGAGGAUAACCUUGUCUUUGGCUAUCUGAUUGGAAUGCUUUUAUUUGAUGCUUUCUUGUACGGCCUAGCUACCUGGUAUAUAGACAAUGUCUUUCCAGGACCGUAUGGUGUGCCCCAACCAUGGUACUUUUUUCUUAUGCACUCAUACUGGUGUGGGAAACCAAGAAUUAGAGAGGAAAAAGAAGAUAUCAAGGACAAUAGCAGCAUUCAAAGCAACUAUUUUGAGGAAGAACCUACUAGUUUGGUGGCAGGUAUCCAGAUCAAACACUUGCAUAAGGAACAUAGAAAAAGAAAAUUAGUAACCGAUUUGUCUUUGAAUGUGUAUGAGGGGCAAAUCACUAUUCUCCUAGGACAUAAUGGGUCAGGAAAGACAGCAACUUUGUCUAUUCUCACAGGUUGUUAUCCUGCUACCAGCGGAGAGGUCUUUAUCAGUGGAUAUGAUGUUUCAAAGGACACAAGUGAGAUUCGAAAAACCUUGGGCUACUGCCCACAGUAUGACUCAUUGUUUGACAACUUGACACUAUCAGAACACCUUUUUUUCUACUCUGUGAUUAAAGGAAUACCUCAAAAGAUGCAUCCCAUGGAAACUGAUCAUUUGCUGACUGUUUUCAACCUGAUAGAGAAACGUGAUACAUUUUCACAGUCACUAAGUGCCGGAGCGAAGCGCAAACUCUCCAUCAUUAUAGCACUUCUAGGGGGCUCCAAGGUAGUGAUACUUGAUGAGCCAUCAUCCUUCAUGGACCCAGUCUCAAGAAGGGUCACCUGGGACCUCCUUCAGCAGUAUAAACAAAAUCGUACCAUCUUGAUGACCACCCACUCCAUGGAUGAAGCUGACAUCUUGGGUGACCGCAUUGCCAUCAUGGUCAAGGGAAACAUGCAGUGCUGUGGCUCUUCAGUCUUCCUGAAACAAAUAUUCGGUGCUGGAUAUCACAUAGUCAUGGAAAGGGAACCAAAUUGUAAUGUUGAAAAAAUCUCUGCAAUAAUUCAUUCUCAUGUUCCAGAUGCCAUCCUGGAGAAGGAUAUUACAACUAGAUUAUCAUUUAUCUUACCCAAAGAGUAUACACAAAGGUUUGAAGCUCUGUUUGAUGAUCUGGGAAGGAAGCAGAAAGAGCUGGGCAUUGCCAACUUUGGUGCUUCAAUCAGUACCAUGGAUGAAGUCUUUUUUAAAGUCAGUAAGCUUUCAUCUUUCCAAAGAAGGCCUCAGGGUAACCAGACCAUUUCCUUCAUGAGCCAAAACCUAGAAGAAGACAAGAAACAGAUUACUAUGCCCAUAAAUUAUGAGAAGCCAUCUUAUUCCAAUUUGAAGGAACUUUCUAUGAUUAAAUUCAAUACUGGGUUACCACUUUACUACCAGCAAUUUCGUUCCAUGUUUAUGAAAAGGGCACUAUUUAGUUGGCGCAACUGGAAGUUGACACUGCUUCAAAUAAUAGUAAUUUUGGUUAUUACUACAUAUAUCCUAAGAACUCUUAAAGUACCAAAGAAUAAUGAGCCUUCCAGGGAAAUGGAAUUGAGUCAUUAUGGCCAAACCAUUGUGCCUUACUCAGUUUCAGGGAAUUCAGAUUUGGUUCUGACUCUCAUAAAGAACCUUAAGAUUUUUUUAAAAUCUAAGAAUCAAGAACUGCAGGAAAUACAAGGUAGUGUAACAGAUUACAUAUUGGGAAGUAGAAAGUGUCAUGACUUCUGCAUUAUUGCACUUUCCAUUGAGGUUGAAAAAGACAAAACAGUAAUUACUAUUUUGUUCAAUAAUGAGGCAUACCAUUCAGCUGCAACAUCCCUGGCGGUGUUAGACAACAUUCUUUUCAUGUCACUUUCUGGCCCCAAUGCUUCCAUUACAGUCUCCAACAAGCCUCAACCUCUCCCUCCUUAUGGUUCUAAGAUAGCACCUGCACAUGGAUUAGAAGUAGCAUUAAGUUUGGCAUUUACCCUGGCUGUUGUGGUCGGUGGCUUUUGUCUCCAGACAGCAAUUGAAAGAAUCAGUAAGGCAAAACACAUCCAGUUUGUGAGUGGGGUCUAUUUACUUGUUUACUGGCUCUCUGCUUUGUUGUACGAUCUCAUCUACUUCUUCAUUUUCUGCUGCUUACUACUGGGAGUAUUUUUUUAUUGCGGAGUGGAAGCAUUUGUUGUGGAUUACCACUUUCUGGACACAAUAUUGAUCUUUAUGGUGUAUGGAUGGUGCACUAUUCCUUUCGUCUAUCUUGGAAGCUUCCUGUUUUCUAGUAGUACUGCUGCCUACAUCAAGCUCACUCUCUUUAACUACUUUUCAGCUGUUUUCAGUAUUAUCAUUCAAGCCAUAAUAACAUACUAUGGGGAGCAGUUUCCUUCUUCCCCCAGAAUUUUUGUUGAACAUUUAUUAAUGAUGCUUCCCAAUUACAACUUUGCAAUGAUUGUCAGCAUAUUCUUUGAUGACUUUCAGUUGAAAAAACUCUGUAGCAAACAAUUUCGGAGCAUCUACCUAAACUGCAGUAAACAAUUUAUCCAGAACAAUAUCUAUAGUUUUGGAGAACAUGGGAUUGCAAAGUUUUUGAUCGCAUUGGCUACCAUGGGUUUAUUUUUCCUCCUCUUACUUUUGUGUCUGGAGACUACAAGCUGGAGCCUGAAAAAUUUUGUCUUUCGUAACAUUAUUUAUAAUUUCUAUAAGAAAUACACAAAGUGCAAGGCCCUAGUGUCAAGCAAGGUAAUCCAGGAAUAUGAGGAGGAAGAUAUAAAAAAUGAAAGGAAGAAAGCUCUGGAAUUGCAUCAAACAUUAGAGAAUACCCCAGUGCUGCUUAAAGAACUCAUAAAGAUUUAUUUUAAGUGUCCAGUUGUAAAAGCUGUAAGAAAUAUCUCCCUUGUGGUCAAUAAUUCAGAGUGCUUUGGAUUACUUGGAUUAAAUGGAGCCGGAAAAACGACUACAUUAAAAAUGUUGGCUGGAGAGGAGACCAUCACCUCUGGAGUUGUGUUAAUUAACGGCAUCAGUGUCACUGAAAAUAUCAGAAAGGUUAGGUCAAGAAUUGGCUAUUGUCCCCAGUCUGACUCUCUGAUGACCUACAUGACAGGACGAGAAUUGCUGAGCAUGUACGCUAGGCUACAGGGAGUCCCUGAGCCAAGUAUUCACAACUACGUGGAAGCCUUUUUACAUUUAGUAUACCUGAAACCCCAUGCUGAUGAGUUUGUCUACACAUACGGUGGAAAGCGUAAACGUAGACUGAAUAUAGCUAUUGCUCUAAUGGGAAACUCUUCAGUUGUCUUCUUGGAUGAGCCAUCAGCUGGCAUGGACCCAGUAGGCAAGCACCUACUCUGGGAAGCAGUUUCAUGGAUAUGUAAAACUGGUAAAGUUAUCAUCAUAGCUUCCCACAGCAUGGAAGAAUGUGAGGCCUUCUGUACUAGGCUAGCCAUCAUGGUGAAGGGGAAGUUCAUGUGUCUAGGCAGCCCUCAGGAACUCAAGAACAAGUUUGGUAACAUAUAUACUCUGACAGCAAAGAUUAAGAUUAAUACAGAGGAAGAUAAAAUAGAGGAAUUCAAAGAAUUCAUCAAAGCUGUUUUCCCAGGUAGCAUAAUAAACCAGGAGUAUCAAGGGAUUCUUGGCUACUACAUUCCCAGUCAGGAAAUUUGCUGGGGAAAGGUGUUUAAUGUUUUGGAGGAAGCUAAAGUGAUGUUCAAUUUAGAAGACUAUUCUGUCCAUCAGAUAUCACUGGAACAAAUCUUCCUGACUUUUGCUAAUACAGAUAAAAAGGAAAAUGCACAAUGA